UGUAAUUGUCGCAGUAUAUAUUCAGUUUCUAUCCGUUCAGCAUCAGAAGCCGCCCAAAAUUUUAAAUCGAUCAGGAAUCUGAAGGAAAAAACAGACUGAAGAUUCAGAAGAACAACCUAGGAAUCUGAAGGAAAAAACUGACUGAAGAUUCAGAAGAUGGGUGUGGAAAAUUACCAUGUAAUUGAGCUUGUGGGUGAAGGUUCUUUCGGGAAAGUAUACAAGGGAAGACGAAAGUACACUGGCCAGACCGUUGCGAUGAAAUUCAUCCUUAAACAUGGUAAAAGUGAGAAGGACAUUCAUAAUUUGAGACAGGAAAUUGAGAUUCUGAGAAAGUUGAAGCAUCCAAAUAUAAUUGAAAUGCUGGACUCUUUUGAAAGCCCACAAGAGUUUUGUGUUGUCACCGAAUUCGCUCAAGGUGAACUAUUUGAGAUUCUUGAGGACGAUAAGUGCUUGCCUGAAGAACAAGUUCAGGCUAUUGCAAAACAGUUGGUGCGAGCAUUGCAUUAUUUGCACUCCAACCGGAUAAUCCAUCGUGAUAUGAAGCCACAAAAUAUUCUCAUUGGCGCUGGUUCUGUUGUAAAGCUUUGUGAUUUUGGCUUUGCGCGUGCUAUGUCAUCAAAUACUGUGGUUCUCAGAUCCAUAAAAGGGACUCCUUUAUAUAUGGCUCCGGAGCUUGUACGGGAACAACCAUAUAACCACACUGCUGAUCUAUGGUCCCUUGGAGUCAUUUUGUAUGAACUAUUUGUUGGCCAGCCUCCAUUCUACACUAAUUCAGUUUAUGCACUCAUCCGGCACAUCAUUAAGGAUCCAGUAAAAUAUCCCGACAACAUGAGUCCAAAUUUCAAAAGCUUCCUUAGAGGUUUGCUUAAUAAGGAACCACAAAACAGACUGACUUGGCCUUCUCUUCUACAACACCCGUUUGUUAAAGAAACUUUGGAGGAACUGGAAGCCAAGGAGAUUAGUGCUGCAAGUGUUGCAGUUAGGGAACGUAAUGGAGCUUGGAGAGGAGAAGGAAACACUUGUAUGCCUGCUGGAUUUGCUGGUGCAAGUCCUGAUAGUAAAAACCAAUCUCCAGUUGCUACUGGAAAUGGUACUGGUCAGGGCCUCCAGGGUGAUCCCGAAUCAAAUUAUCCUGAAGUAGGGAUGGAGAAUUCUUCACCAAGAGAGGACUUCCCUGGGUUUACAGUUCCUGCUGAUUUUGAGCCGUCAGGUUGCCAGGCCUUGGACCGGUUGGAAAAUAACUCCCGCACGGUCAAGGGGGCAAAACUAAUUGGUCAAGAUAAUGAAGCAUUAUCUGUUAUUUUGCUCCCAUUAAAGAACUGGUGUGGAGGAGCAGAAAGUUCUUGCAGGGAUCAAGAUAUUCUUAGUUCAAACCAAUCACUAAGGAUCCUUUUGAACUUAAUUGCAGCUGGCGCUAUCAAUUCCUCUGGAAUACUUGAUGAAAUAAUACAUGAGCUUCUUGGGUUUACAGCUAACAUAGUGAAUUUUAAAUCUCCUGAUAUUAAUGACAUACUUGCAAAGAGCUUCACAAUCAUUAAGAAGCUAGUCGAUAAUUCUGGAGGUUCUAUGGGGAGUUCGUAUCUUAUGCAUUGGAUUGCUACUGUGCAACUGUUUUCACAGGUAGUUGGUAGCAUUGAUGAUGCAUCUGGAAGAGUUCUAUGCGAGUCCAUUGCUUGCAUUGCUGUCAUGUUAUCUCGUGUAGCUCAGGGUCUCAAAGCAUCUAGAGUGACCUUGGCUACUGAGGGGGUUUCUGCUCCUUCAACAGUGUCUGAAAUUCUUCAACAAGUUUUGGACCAUGCUAAAACAUCAGGCAUAGCAGACCUUUUGUGUUCGUGCUUAGCAAUUUCAGGCUCAAGUCUUAUGUCGGGCUCUUCGCAUUUGUUACGUGCUGCGUGUGAAGCUUGCAGGGCUAUUUGGUCACUGACACAUGCAUUUGAACUUCUUUCUAUAAAAGGGGAUGCUUAUUUAUUCCCCUUAAAUUCUUUACGGAGUCAUUCUUUGCACCGGCUGGAUAUUGGGGACCACAACCAAGGUUCACUGAUCGGUAUAGAAUCAGAGGAAAUUGUCGACGCAGUGACGAAAGCAUUCCUCAAAUCCAAAGCCACACAGGUUGCUAUUUACUAUUGUCUUCGCCAUCGUCUUGAAACUGCCCAGUCUGCUGCUCUCCAGAUCAUGUUGAGGUGUUGCGUCCACAAUGGAAUUGUUUCUGGUGUUUUCUGUGGUCUACCAAGCUCUUUACCCAUUACCACAGUUGUCAGUGGAGGAGGGGAUGGUACAAUUAUUUCAGAGAUUUUCGCUAUACUGUCGUUUUGUGCUGCUUCUACAAAUAAGGAUCCACAAACUGAAGGCAAUGCCAAGUCCAGGGUAGCCAAUCCAUCUGUCCUAGUUUUACACUCAUGUCUGAUACUUGCCACUGUUGCACAGGGUUUUAAGUCAUCUGGAAGGAAUUCUGCUCUUUUUAUGCUUACUUCGUCUUCAAAAAAGCAGCUUUCUCGACUUUCUCUUCUUGCCCAUCAUUUUUCUUCAGAUGAUACGAUGAAGACUUCCUUUCAGCUUCAUUGUUCAUCUUCUAUGCUGGCUCUUGCAUCUAUUCUGUCCCUUGAAAGCGGAACUCCCUCCGAGUCUUCCCUAUCAGAAGCAGCUUUAUCUUUGAUCCCCCGAACCGCCACGCUUUGUGACUACCUCAAGAUUCUACCAGUUAAUGAAAAGGGAGGAGAGCCUUCUCUAAAUGGUAUGCUCUCCUAUUGGCAUGGCCUUAGGGAUGGUUGUGUUGGCUUGUUGGAAUCUAGACUGAAGUGGGGAGGGCCAUUAGCUGUUCAACAGUUGUGUGCCAGUGGCAUUCCUCAGCUUCUAAUUAAUUUGUUGGCAAAGAGCCAUUCCGAUGCUUCUUCUCAGGGAAUUGAGCGUGCGGUUGAUUUUGUUGGGCUAUCACCGGUUGGGGUUGUUUGGACAAUUUCUUCAAUAUGUCAAUGUCUUUCUGGUGGAGUUUCAACUUUUCGUCAGAUUUUGGUUAGGAGUGAACACAUCAAGUUCAUCUCUGAUUUGAUAUCUGACACACAUCUCAAGCUUGUUCGAUGCUGGACUGGGCCUGGUGGGGGGAACGAUGGGAUUAGAGAUGUAACGAAUGCUGUGAUCGACCUCCUAGCAUUUCCUUUUGUUGCAGUACAAAAUUCUCCUGGCUUACCAUCUGCCACUGCUUCAGUGAACAGUGGAUUCCUUCUUAAUAUGGGUUCACCUGGGGGGAAAGUUUGCAUGGAGGACAAGGACAUGGUAAAAGCAAUUGAGAUAAACAUGACAAAGUAUAUUCAGAUCCUUCUGGAGGUGGGAGUCCCUGGGAUUAUUCUUCGGUGCUUGGAACAUAUGGAGAUAAAAGAUGUGGCAAGGCCCAUUGCAUUUCUUGCUAAGAUGACAGGCCAUCGGCCCCUUGCAAUUCAAGUUUUGGGCAAAGGCUUGUUGGAUCCAGGCAGAGUGAGAAGGUUGCUGAGCAGGUCAUGCCCUAGAGAGGUCAUGAUGGAUUUUCUUAUGAUAGUCUCAGAUCUAGCACGAAUGGACAAGGCUUUUUAUGAAUACAUUAACGGGGCUGAUAUGUUGGAGUUCUUAAAGCACUUUCUUACCCAUGAAGAUCCCAAUGUACGUGCAAAGGCAUGUAGUGCUAUAGGCAACAUGUGUCGGCACAGUGCCUAUUUCUACAGUUCACUGGCAAACAAUCAAAUCAUCAGUCUCCUUAUCGAUCGAUGCGCAGAUUCAGACAAACGUACGCGAAAAUUUGCUUGUUUUGCUAUUGGCAAUGCUGCCUACCACAAUGACCUGCUAUAUGAUGAGCUGAGGAGAUCCAUUUCUCAACUUGCAAAUUUGUUGGUUUCAACUGAGGAAGACAAAACUAAAGCAAAUGCAGCAGGUGCUUUAAGUAACCUGGUUCGUAAUUCGAACAAGCUUUGUGACGAUAUUAUCUCCAAAGGAGCCCUGCAGGCUUUACUGAAGUUGGUAUCCGACUGUUCUGUGGUGGCCUUGAACCCAAGUAGGAAGGAUGCUGUAAACGAGUCACCUUUAAAGAUAGCUCUUUUUUCGUUGGCCAAGAUGUGUGCGCAUCCACGGUGCAGGGAAUUUCUUCGCUCAUCGGACCUUUUCCCGGUGAUUGGAAGGCUGCGACAAUCCCCAGAGUCAACUAUCUCGAAUUACGCUUCUGUAAUAAUGAGCAAAACUUCUGAAGCCUGAAAUUGCUAAUGGGAACGUAAUUGACGCAGCAGAUACAAAUUCCAUUCUCCCGAAUUCCUCUCAUUAUCAAUGAUCGCGGUUUACUUUUGAAGAAGAGCAGAGUAAGGGGAUUGUCUUUCAGUAGUUUGUGAUGAAACUCCAACAUUUGUUGGAGAUUUUGUAUUUCCAGGUAAAGUAAACUGCUCUAUGUAUAUGUCGAAAGUUUUAAUGGAAGAGCACAGCCUGAGAUUGAAUGUAUUCUUUCCGUGAGAACAUUCU